AUGAUUCUGGCUCGCCGUCUGUCCAAGGAGAGGCCAAACGACGGGAUCCUGCUGAACGCCUGCUGUCCCGGGUGGGUUCGCACAGACAUGGCCGGCCCCAAAGCCCCAAAGUCCCCAGAAGAGGGCGCCAUCACCCCGGUUUACCUGGCCCUGCUGCCGCCCGGCGCCGCCGAGCCUCAUGGGAAAUUUGUGUCCGAUAAGGAGGCGCUGUCCAUGAUUCUGGCUCGCCGUCUGUCCAAGGAGAGGCCAAACGACGGGAUCCUGCUGAACGCCUGCUGUCCCGGGUGGGUUCGCACAGACAUGGCCGGCCCCAAAGCCCCAAAGUCUCCAGAAGAGGGCGCCAUCACCCCGGUUUACCUCGCCCUGCUGCCGCCCGGCGCCGCCGAGCCUCAUGGGAAAUUUGUGUCCGAUAAGGAGAUGUCAACCAGGGUUGCCGUGGUAACCGGAGGCAACAAGGGCCUGGGCCUGGCCAUCGUCCGGGCGCUCUGCGGCCAGUUCCAGGGGGACGUUUACCUGACGGCCAGGGACUACGGGCGCGGUCAGGAGGCCGUGGAGGCUCUGGCCAAAGAGGGUCUGAAGUCCUUUUUCCAGCAGCUGGACAUCGACGACCUGAGCAGCAUCACCACGGCCGCCGCGUUCUUCAGAGAGAAAUACGGAGGGGUGGACGUGCUCAUCAACAACGCCGGGAUCGCCUUCAAAAAUGCUGACACCACCCCGUUUGCCGUCCAGGCCGAGGUCACCCUGAAGACCAACUUCUUCUCCACCAGAGACGUGCUGACUCACUUCCUGCCGCUCGUCAAAGCCGGAGGCCGGGUGGUGAACGUGUCCAGCUUCGUGGGCGUGCGCACGCUGAACGGCUGCAGCCCGGAGCUGCAGCAGCGUUUCCGCAGCCCGGAGCUGGGCGAGGAGCAGCUGCUGGCGCUGAUGCAGAGCUUCGUGGAGCAGGCCCAGCGGGGCGAGCACCUGCAGAACGGCUGGCCCCAGACGGCCUACGGAGUCUCCAAGACCGGCCUCACGGCGCUGUCCAUGAUUCUGGCUCGCCGUCUGUCCAAGGAGAGGCCAAAUGACGGGAUCCUGCUGAACGCCUGCUGUCCCGGGUGGGUGGGGACAGAAAUGGGGGGCAGCAGUGCCCCAAAGUCUCCAGAAGAGGGCGCCAUCACCCCGGUUUACCUCGCCCUGCUGCCGCCCGGCGCCGCCGAGCCUCAUGGGAAAUUUGUGUCCGAUAAGGAGGUCCAGACCUGGUGAUGGUUGGUGGGUUUUCACCCCCCAGGAGUGAAACAAGCCAGUCAACUAGUCUAAUUUAAAAAGAAGAGUUUUUUACUAUGGAAAAUAAGUCUCUUUCAUACUCUAGAUACCUUUUUAAAAAAAAAAAAAUGUAAAUCUGAAAGUGAAAUAUAUGGCAAACACUUCCAGAAA